AUGCAAAAUGAAGACGAAGAAGAGCUCGGAGCCCCGGUGAAUAUUUAUCACGAACAUCGAAGUCAUUUGGAACAAGAUAAAAAAGCUCGUAUAGAAUUAGAUACUCAUAUGUUAAAAGAUGAGUUAUAUGAUCCAAUUUCUACGUCUGAUUUAAAUACGACUAAUGCUACCAUUAAUAAUAUGAAUACACUCACCGGACUUGCUCCGCCAGAAGUUCUGCUUAUCCUUAUAAGGAAAGUAGAAGCUGCCGAUAUAAUUGUAAGAGCAGCUGAUAAAGCAAGCGAAAGAUUAGUACAAUUACGUGAUAUAGAAGCAUCUAAAGAAAAAUGUCCAAUUCACAAAACAUGA